AUGGUUGUUGCUGAGGGGACCCCCCGCUUCUGCCUCUCCCCGGGCCGGGAUGAAACUUCUGGCAUUGCGGGGAAGCGCAGCGGCUCCGGGAGCGGCGGCGGGAGCGGGGCCCGGCGGAACGCGGAGCUCAGCACCGCGGGGCGGACAGCUCCCGCCGCCCGGGAGCGCUCCGGGAGCCGCGUCCUCACCGGGAACCGAGCGCCAGCGGGGCCGCGGCCUCCCGGGAACCGUGCCGGACCCUUCGCCUCCUUCCCGCAGGGAGAGCAGCCCCGGGGUGUCCGUGGGGGGGUGAGGGUUUACCCAGGGGCUGUCUGGUCGUUCCACGUGUCCCCCGUCCCCACGCAGACCCGCUCCCUCUCCCACUGCCACGAUGCCAGCCCUAAGAACGGGCUGCGGGAUGCGCCCGCGGCUUCCCAGGGGGCUGAUUUCACACCAGCAGCACACAUUGUCUAAUUUCAUGCCCAGCUUUGCCCAAGUCACUUCUCCCUGUUUCUUGCAGACAGCGGAUCGGGGGCAGUGCUGGUGCCGGCCAGCCCGGACCCUCUGGCUGAAGAUGAACCUGUGGAGAAGAUGGCUGGUGGAGCUGCAGAGCCAGGACACAGCACGGCUUUGACUGGUGGAGCUGAGGAUUUUGGGCAUGCCCUGGGUUCAGACCCUGGAGCUGGGGAGCAGGGGAAGGGCACUGCCCUCAACCUCCUGCCAGCCCCAGAGGUGACCACGCCGCCCCUGCCCAUGGCCACCUCUGCCCCCAGAUCUGAUGCCAAACAAACUUCCCCUGGCAAGAAAAAGCCACCGACUCUAAAGCAAGUAAACACGGGAAGGAAACACCCAAGGCUGAAGCCCACCCCGGCAGGGCCCCCUGGGACUGCCUCCCCAGCCAGCCCACGGAGCCCCAGGCUCCCCACGGCCGCCCCAGGGCUGCGGGUUCCAGCAGAGGACACGGAGCAGAGCCCCCCAGAGCUGCCCUGGGUGGAGCAGGCCACCACCAGCCGCCCUACUCUGCAGAUCUCCCCUUCCACCCUGCCCCCAGCCUUCCCCCAGCCCUUCCCUGACAGCACAGGGGGUGCUGGGGAGGCUCCGAGCGCGGCUCCCGCUGGCGCUGCCGUUAUCCCAACCAAGGGCGCGGAGAGGGACGCGCACGGCUCUGCGCCAGAGGAGAGCCAGGAAACCACCACGUCCACCAUCGUCACCACCACUGUCACCACCACGGAGCCCACCCCGGUGCUCUGCAGCAUGAGCUUCCACGAGCCCGAGGGCUACAUCGACUCCACGGAUUACCCCCCGCUGCCCCUGCACGGGUACCUGCAGUGCACCUACAACGUCACCGUCUACACCGGCUACGGCGUCGAGCUCCAGGUGAAGAGCGUGAACCUGUCAGAUGGGGAAGUUCUGUCCAUCCGUGGCGUGGACGGCGAUGCCCUGGUGGUCUUGGCCAACCAGACCCUUCUGGUGGAAGGGCAGGUGAUCCGCAGCCCCACCAACACCAUCUCCGUCUACUUCCGCACCUUCCAGGACGACGUGGUGGGGACCUUCCAGCUCCACUACCAGGUGUUUAUGCUGAGCUGCAACUUCCCACGGAGGCCUGACUUCGGAGAGGUGACGGUGAUGGAUCUGCACUCGGGUGGCAUCGCUCACUUCCACUGUCACCUGGGCUACGAGCUGCAGGGCCCCCGCAUGCUGACCUGCAUCAAUGCAUCCCGGCCACACUGGAGCAGCCCUGAGCCCAUCUGCUCAGCUCCCUGUGGAGGGACAGUGCACAAUGCCACCAUCGGCCGCGUGCUGUCCCCCAGCUACAGUGGGAACCAGUCUGGCAGCAUGUACUGCGUGUGGGCCAUCGGGGCCCCCCCGGGACAGAAGCUGCACCUGCACUUUGAGAAGCUCCUGCUGACUGAGAAGGACAGGAUGGUGGUGUACAGCGGGGACACCAACCGCUCGGCCGUGCUCUACGACUCCCUGCGCGCCGACAGCGUUCCCUUCGAGGGCGUCAUCAGCGACGGCUCCUCCAUCAGGAUCGACUUCCUCGCCGAGGAGCCCGCCGCCGCCACCGCCUUCAACAUCCGCUUCGAAGCCUUUGAGCGGGGCCACUGCUACGAGCCCUACAUCCAGAACGGGAACUUCACCACUUCUGACCCCACCUACAACCUGGGCACCACCGUGGAGUUCACCUGUGACCCCGGGCACUCCCUGGAGCAGGGCCCUGCUGUCAUCGAGUGCAUCAACAUGCGGGACCCCUACUGGAACGACACGGAGCCGCUGUGCCGAGCCACGUGUGGAGGGGAGCUGAGUGCUGUGGCCGGGGUGAUCCUGUCCCCCAACUGGCCGGAGCCCUACACGGAGGGGGAGGAUUGCAUCUGGAGGAUCCACGUGGGCGAGGAGAAGCGGCUCUUCCUGGACAUCCAGCUCCUGAACAUCACCAACAGCGACAUCCUCACCAUCUACGACGGGGACGAGCUCUCCUCCCGCAUCCUGGGGCAGUACGUGGGCAGCAGCGGCCCCCAGAAGCUCUACUCCUCCAGCCCUGACCUCACCAUCCAGUUCCACUCAGACCCUGCUGGGCUCAUCUUUGGGAAGGGACAAGGAUUCAUCAUGAACUACAUAGAGGUGUCCCGCAACGACUCCUGCUCUGACCUGCCCGAGAUCCAGAACGGCUGGAAGACCACGUCACACACAGAGCUGGUGAGAGGGGCCAAGAUCACCUACCAGUGUGACCCGGGCUAUGACAUUGUGGGCAGUGACACCCUCACCUGCCAGUGGGACCUCAGCUGGAGCAGCGACCCCCCCUUCUGUGAAAAGAUAAUGUACUGCACGGACCCGGGGGAGGUGGAGCACUCCACCCGCCUCAUCUCGGACCCGGUGCUGCUGGUGGGCACCACCAUCCAGUACACCUGCAACCCCGGCUUCGUGCUGGAGGGCAGCUCCCUGCUCACCUGCUACAGCCGCGAGACCGGCACCCCCAUCUGGACCUCGCGGCUCCCGCACUGUGUCUCUGAGGAGUCGCUGGCCUGUGAUAACCCAGGACUGCCAGAAAAUGGAUACCAAAUUCUUUACAAGCGCCUCUACCUGCCAGGAGAGUCCCUGACCUUCAUGUGCUAUGAGGGCUUUGAAUUGAUGGGGGAGGUGACCAUCAAAUGCAUCCUGGGCCAGCCAUCCCACUGGAGCGGCCCCCUGCCCAUCUGCAAAGUGAACCAAGACAGCUUUGAACACGCUCUCGAAGUAGCAGAAGCUGCUGCAGAGACGUCGCUCGAGGGGGGAAAUAUGGCCUUGGCCAUCUUCAUCCCGGUGCUGAUCAUCUCCCUGCUGCUGGGAGGAGCGUACAUCUAUCUCACCAGGUGUCGGUACUACUCCAGCCUCCGCCUGCCCCUCAUGUACUCCCACCCCUACAGCCAGAUCACGGUAGAAACGGAGUUUGACAACCCGAUUUAUGAGACAGGGGAAACACGAGAAUACGAGGUUUCGAUAUAA